AUGCCUUCCCAAUUCAGGCCAACAGCAGAGCAGAUGGGUACUCCGCUACAACAGCAGCGUCUGGCUCGUCAACCACAAACCGAAGCUCCACCCCAUCCAGACCCAACUCCUCGCCCGUCAUGGGAGACACUUUGGACCCAGCCAAUACGGUCUGCCGCAGGAUAUCCAGAUACGCAAGCCGAGCAAUCUCCGCCAACCCAAACGCCACCAUCUCUGCUGAAUCUACCGCGACCUGUCGAGGUCGAUGCACUGCAAGCCCGUCCUCACGCCCAUCCGCGAUCCUCAUCCACGUUGACGACUUCGACGCUCGCCAAGGCUCUUGGCUGGGUACCUGGUAGCUACCUCGUGGCCUGCGACUUCACAUCCAGCGCUCGUCAGAUACGCUCUUUCGCAUACCCAACGUUCAUACCAUCAGUAUCACGGUCUCUUCCAGAAUCGUCCCCAGCUGCUGCCCACGAAGCUCACGAUAUCUCGUCCGCAAUGUCGAUCGAGGCACACCCGUAUAGUCACUCCCAGCAACCACGCACAUCUGCGACCAAUUCUCCUCAAUCCUUGAGCCCCGACACCGUCAUUUCCGAACCCAACUCCCAUACGGAGCAUCGAUCGCAGAAGGAGCAGACAGUUCCAAAUUGUGCCGUCCCAGGCGUGAGUCGCUCCAAGGAUGACAACGGCCGUGGACAUGAUGGUAAGGGCAUCCCUCCAAGCUCGCUUCCUUUUGAUUGUAGCCGGCGAAAGUUAACAUCUCGUCGACGGAGCACCCCGCCGCACACGAGGAAAAGCGAGCAUCAUUCCUCAGCGCCCUUGAUCGCGAACGUGCGUGGCAUGAGAGAGUUGCUUGGGGUCAGUAUCACGCGGAAGCUGUAUCACCGUCAGAUUGGGCAAGUAGGAGGACGUAUCGAGAACAUCAAACCUUCUCCAAGUCUCUUCAAGCCUUCAAACGGCGAGAAAUUGCACCAAACCCCUUCAUUCAACCAUUCAGACUUAUCGCUUUCAUCAGCAACCGACCGGAGGAGAAUCUGUCCUCGGAAAGCGAUGUCGACUGCUCACCGAUCCAGUCAAUCACCACCUACAGUGUCACAAUUCCCAGCAUCAGCGAUCAUGAGUGUCUCCGUUGGACCAUUCGUUUCAUCGUCCAACUUCAGCGGCGGUCCGAUCGAUGCCUCAUCAUGUCUCUCGAGUGCAAUCAUUCUCGUGGAUUGUCAACCCCUCCAGAAACGGAGCUUUGUCGAUGCGAAUUCCAGUUCGAAUCGACAUAUCCCCAGAGACUACGAGUGA